GUCAGCUAUUCGAGUAAACGUGUCAUGCGUCAUCGAUAAAGGUUGUCGGAUGAGGAACAAUCAAGUCCCUACGCCUUACCCCAACUGUGUAUCGUAGAUGGCUCCAUUACGAUGGCAUCCACGACCUCCACAUCGAAACCCUUCUCCCUCGCGAUCGUUGGCGGUGGCAUAUCUGGCCUCACACUCGCCAUCACCCUCCUCCAAUACGACGUUCCCCUCACAAUCUAUGAAGCUGCGUCUUCGUUCGGCGAAAUAGGUGCAGGCGUAGCCUUCGGACCCAAUGCUGGACGUGCAAUGGAGCUCAUGUCUCGCAAAAUAUAUGACGCCUUCAUGAAGUGCAAAACGGGCAAUGUUUGGGAAGCACACCACAACAGUUGGUUUACGAUACGCGUGGGAGAUGCGCGGAAGGCGGGCAAAGAUGGAUACGUCAAGGAGGGAGAGAAGGUGGGGGAUGCCUUGUUCGAGAUUCCGUUGACAAGUGGAGGCGGGAGGGGAGGCGUGUACAGGGCGCACUUUUUGGAUGAGCUGGUCAAAGACGUACCGGAAGGUGUGGCCAAGUUUAAUAAGCGGCUCGUUGAGCUGAAUGAAGCGCAAGAUGGCUCAGGAGACAUGGUACUGCACUUUGCAGACGGGACAACAGCACAACACAGCGCGGUGAUAGGAUGCGACGGCAUCAAAUCGAAGACUAGGACAUGGCUGCUGGGAAAGGACGACCACGCUGCGAGGGCUGUCUUCUCCGGAAAAUACGCUUACCGGGGGCUGAUACCUAUGGACGAGGCGGUCGAAUUGCUUGGUGAGGAAGUCGCGCAAAACAGCCAAUUGUUCCUGGGCUACUACGGUCACCUCCUUACAUUUCCAAUACAACAUGGCAAGACGAUGAAUGUCGUUGCAUUCAGCUCCCGUGACACCUGGAACGACGACAAAUGGGUCGUCGCCACCUCGAAAGAACAAAUGGAAGCCGACUUCGCGGAGUGGGGACCGCAUGUCCAAAAGAUUGUUGGUGCUAUGCAGAAACCAGACAUCUGGGCGUUGUUCAACCACCUGCCCUGCAGUACCUACACCAAAGGCCGCGUAUGUCUGCUCGGUGAUGCAGCGCAUGCGACGACUCCACACCAAGGCGCCGGCGCUGGCAUGUGUAUAGAGGACUCGUACAUUCUAGCUAACUUGGUGAAAGAAGCAAGUAGGGUUGAGGAGUUGGAAAAGGCAUUUUUUGCGUUCGAUGCUGUCAGGAGGGAACGAACGCAGAAGCUUGUAAAGACAAGCAAGGAGGCAGGCAUGUUGUACGAUUUCGAACUCUUAGGCGAUGACUUGGAUACAAUUCAGGACAACCUCUUGAAUAGAAUGGGCUGGAUUUGGAACGUCGAUCUUGAAAAGCAGCUCAACCAAGCGAAGAAGAUCUUCUUUAGUGAAGAUAAGACGAGGAUAAUAUGACCAAGAGUUUCGUAAACGCCAAUUUCGAUUAUACUCUAUACCAUCCCGUUUCCUUACCAUGCGUCUAUAAUGCAAUGCAAUGCGUGUUGUUGUGCUAGUCCAUAACAUCAUCUCUCAAGGUAAAGAGUUCCUUCAGUACAUCGUCCGUCUUCGCGCGAAUGGCAUUAUGGUACAUCAUAUUCGUGACAAACGGCUUGCACCCUUUGAUGGUACUUG